AUGUACUGUAUAAGCUUACUUCUUCACGAUAGAAAGAAGAGAGUCUCAGAGUCUACUGACAACACAAAGACUAAUGCACCUUCUCAAAUACUCACACCAACUCCCACCAUCAAUGAUAAGAAUAAUAGUAAUAACACCUUCUCUUUAAGUCACGAAGACACUAACCCAUGUUCAGACACUAACCCAUGUUCAGACACUCACACUUCUAUAGAUACACAUCCAUCUUCAGCAGCUACUUUCACUCUACACCAAAUGGGCUCAGAUGUACUGCUUAUCUCCAGAGACCUUCCCUCAUACUACAUGAUCGACUCCUUGUUGGGUGAAGGGGCCUUUUCCCUAGUAUACAGAGCUAUAGACUUGAGGGAUAAGUCUCAAGUGGCUAUCAAAGUUAUCGAUAAAUCAAAGCUUCUGGCAAAACAAUUUGCUAACUGCAAGAAUGAAAUUACCUUAAUGAAAAAGUUACUGAAUCAUCCAAAUAUCCUUAAACUUCUUCAUCAUUAUUCUACUGAUCAGUAUUUAUACUUGGUUCUUGAGAACUGUAAAGGAGGUGAAAUCUUCAACAAGAUCAUCGAAUAUACUUAUUUCCUGGAAGACUUAUCUCGUCAUGUGUUUGCCCAAAUAUUGUCAGCUUUAGAUCAUUUGCAUAAUGUCAAGAAUAUAGUUCAUCGAGAUAUUAAACCAGAAAAUCUUUUGUUUGAAAAGAUUCCUCAUAUUCCUCGUCAUAACCCUUCUCAAUAUCUUCGUAGAAGCGAUGAUAUUUCCAAAGUCGAUGAAGGCAUGUUCCAACCAGGGAUAGGAGGAGGUACAAUUGGGGUGGUUAAAUUAGCUGAUUUUGGUCUUGCGAAACAAUUGAAACAUGAAACUCUUACAGAUUUGAAAACUCCUUGUGGAACAGCAGGUUAUACAGCUCCGGAAGUUAUUACUUGUAAUUCACAUGAAGAUAAAAAGUCAAAACAAACAACCGACAAGAACAAACGGUUUCUGAAUUUGGUAAGUAAGAAGAACUAUUACCUGAAGGCAGUUGAUAUCUGGUCUCUUGGUUGUUUAUUGUACACUAUUCUUUGUGGGUUCCCACCAUUUUAUGAUGAAGACAAUGAUAUUUUAACUCAAAAGAUCAUUAAAGGAGAGUAUGCAUUUCUUAGUCCUUGGUGGGAUGAAAUUAGUGAUCAAGCGAAGGAUUUAAUUAAUCGUAUGUUGGUAAUUAAUCCUGAAGAUCGUAUAACCAUUCUGGAAAUUUGGAUGCAUCCUUGGAUGAAACAAAUGAGUUUAGAAUUAGUUUGCACCAAUGAUUACUUUCAAAUGGAGGAUACAACAGAAAGUACCAUACGGCAUGUUGAAUUUGCAGGACAAACAAACCAUGCACCACCCAUACAAUAUAAAUUUGAUGAAUCUGUACGGAAUCUUCACAAUAAGAGUCCUGCAGCAGCAGAAGCCAUCAAGAAGGUUUUCAGUAAUCCAGCAAUGAUGAAACUGAAGAAAAUCAAUCCCCAUAGUGCAACAUUAAAAUUGACUGUUGGAGCACCGUUACAUCAUAGGGGGGUUAAUGGAGAACUCCCUAAAACCCCUAUGCCUGAAAUUUCCCACUUAACAUUCAAGAAUGUAUUUGAUUUUGAUCCUGAUGAGGACCAAGAUCAAGAUCAAGAUGAUGAUGAUGAUUCAUUUGAUGAUCUGACAGAAUUAGAUUCUGAAAGUGACAGGCAAACUAGUGUUGAUGAAACAAGAGAUCAUUUAACCGAAUUGUCUGAUGUUAAUUAUGGAAUUGUUUCUGGGUCUUCAAAAGGUGGUACCCCUCGUUCAGAAGAAGAUUAUCUCCAUAUAGUUGGGCCGCAUUCAGAGAUUGGUUCUGGUGGUGAAGUUGAUGAUUUUUUGGAUUUACAUCAAUCUGCAAGUGACCAAACUCGUUCAUCAAGCAUUAUCAGUAAUGGAGGCACAGAAUCCAAAUUCACUUUACAUUUGAAUGACUCCAAGGUAUGGGCUCGUAGAAAAUCACUGGUGAAAUCACAUGGUGGUAAUCAUUCAAAUGCUGUAUCUACUCCUACUUCAGACAAUUACUGUGACCUUACAGGUUUUUAA